AUGCAGUCAUCGGACUCAUCCCAACCGACACGCCCUCCACGGCUGACACGGGCGUCGAGUAAGGAGUCUUCAGUGAGUAGCAGCUAUCAGGUGAUCGCCAGAUUACUGUCUGACCAUUACUUGCAGUCUGUCUUAAAGGGAGGUCUGUUGAUGUCAGUGAUCCGGUCGUUGACCUCUUCGCGCGACUCCAUGGAUAGGGACAGAGAGAGGGCUAACUUAGAGCGAGAGUUCAAGGACUGCGACCAAAAGCUGUCGGCGCUCGUCGUACAACACCAUACGGACCUCUUUCAGGUGAUGUCCGCGUUCUCCAAGAUAUCUCAACGUCUGAAGUCCUCGCGCGAGAGGGUUGUCAUCACCAGAGAUAAGCUGCAGACGUGUCAGAAACUACUGCACUGUAAGCGCGACGAACUCAAGAAGUUAUGGCUCGAGUCGGUGGAGAACAAAGUGGUGCUCGAGCUCCUGGAUCGGGUCGAGCGUAUGACUACUGUCCCACAUUCAGUGGACCAAUACAUACAGCGCAAGCACUACCUGCACGCCACACGACUAUUGGUCCAGUCGUUGAAACAAUUGGACACCGAUUUGGUGUCUGUGGACGCGCUUAAAGAAGUGAAGUCCGAUUUGGUGGACAAAAAGGAUUCGCUGUACGAGUUGAUAGUGGAUGAGCUGCACCGGCAUUUGUACAUUAAGUCUACCACAGACCUCGUCAAGCGUUUCAAACGUCACGGAUCUGUGCGACACACGAGUGAUAACACACCGGCGCGCAAGAUAUCAGUGGCGGAUAUACUGUCCCCCGCCGUACAGAUUGGGGUCACAUCUAAAAAACAAAGGACAGCACAAUCCAUGCCAUCGAUGGGCGCCGGAAGUAGUGGUGAAGACAAUGUAGAAGAGGACACUAAUAUUACAGAUCCCGAAGAGGACAGUCGACAUUUCAUUGCGAUUUUAAUCAAAUGUUUAGGACUUUUGAACAAAAUUCCUGAAGCGGUCGACACAAUCAAAGAACGUUGCGAUAAGGAGUUGACAAAUAUAGCCAAACGGACGGGCCGUGAGGUAGCGGCCGAUGCGCCCGACGGCUCGGACUGGACGGCCACUGACGGCACUAAAGGGUUGUUCCCAAUGGUGUUGAGCGCAUCGGCUCUGUUAGGCAACUACGAGACUAAACAGAAAACACCUCACAUUCUGCACAACUUUUUGGAUCUACUGUUCCAACAAUACCGCUCUGUCGUCCAUUUACACGAUACAGUCGUGUUGUCUAACCUAAGGCUUAUGGAAUCUACUGGUGUCACCAUUCCUAACAUAUACACAAUACCUGACGUGUGGGCUAGAGUGCAGACAAUAGUUCAGUAUGUGAUGGAUCUGUAUUUGGACGCCAGUGGCACACAUACCGGUGUUAAAGCUAAUCAGACGAUCAGCCAGUCGUCGGUGGUGUCGACGAGCGCCACCCCCGCAGACCUGUCCUCGUAUUUCAUCAAAAAGAGAGGUCUGACGGCAGCCGUCACUACCAUGAAGUCCGUGAAGAAGGCGCCGUUGUUUCGGUUCGACCACUCGUCGCACGCCAUCUCAUUGAACGCAUACUUAGCCGAGCAGAAGGAGGCGCUCAAAGCCGAGGCACAGGGAGGAGCGGGUGGUGACGACCACGCUAUGGAUUCGAUAGACUUCGGACUCAACACCGGCACCGAACGAUACGUUGUGUGUCCGCCACAGCCCGAGAAUAUUGUCGUUAUGUUUAAUCCGUUGAUGAGAUUUGUGCGCGAAGUGGAGGACGAGUUGGAACUGGAGGCCGACGCCGGUAAUCAUUGCCCGCUAUAUCUGUAUCUGAUAUCGUGUGCGAAGACUUUCUGCAAUCAAAUAUCACACGAUUUGGAGCGCACUAUGGAUUUGGCGAACAAAUCGCUGGACGUUUGGAAACUGCAGACCGACGCCGAAUGGCUAUCGGCUGUAGGGCUGACCCGCCCUGUGCUGCACAGCACAGCGAUGAUCGAUAGGGCGGUGUUUGAUCUCAAGAACCUGAUGUUUGCUCUGCCCUUAUUCGCCGACGACUUCUUAACACUGAUAUGUCAACUGUUGUCCAAUUAUAAGGAGGUAUGUCUG